GACCAGUCUCCGUCUCCUUCCCCCAUAAUAAGCCAUUUCCAGAGAGAAAGAGAGAGCGAAGGUGAUAAUGGCGAAGAACGCUUCCUCUUUCUCUAGCUUCAAGUCCUACAUGGCAGCACUGUCCGACACGCCGCACCGCCUGGCCCGCCGAGCCAUCUCUACAUCAACUCCGUUGGAGGAGACCGGCGGCGCUCGCGCACGUUCAGGCCGUGACAUGAAGAGGAGCCUCCGGUGGUACGACCUCCUCGGAUUUGGCCUCGGCGGCAUGGUCGGCGCCGGAGUCUUCGUCACCACCGGCCGCGCCAGUCACGUCUAUGCCGGCCCUGCCGUUAUCCUGUCCUACGCCAUUGCCGGUCUCUGCGCGCUACUCUCCGCCUUCUGCUACACCGAGUUUGCCGUCGAGAUGCCAGUCGCCGGCGGCGCAUUCAGCUAUAUCCGCACCACAUUCGGAGAGUUCCCCGCGUUUAUCACCGGAGCUAACCUAAUCAUCGAUUACGUUCUCUCUAACGCCGCGGUGUCCAGGAGUUUCACAUCGUAUAUAUGCACAGCCGUCGGUAUAUCAUCCGACACAAGGCUGAGAAUCGCCGUCUCGGCGCUUCCGAGCGGUUACAACGAGAUAGAUUUUGUUGCAGUGGCGGUGGUGUUAAUCCUCACCGUAGUCAUCUGCUAUAGUACAAGAGGAAGUUCCAUGUUGAAUAUGACUUUAACUGCUCUGCACAUCCUGUUCAUAGUGUUCGUGAUUGUGAUGGGGUUCACCAAGGGCGACCCGAAGAACUUGACCCACCCGGCAGAUCCGAAACUGGCGGGCGGUUUUUCCCCGUUCGGUGCUGCGGGGGUUGUGAGCGGGGCUGCCAUGGUGUACCUGAGCUACAUCGGAUAUGAUGCGGUGUCAACGAUGGCGGAGGAGGUGAGGAAUCCGGUGAAGGAUAUCCCGAUCGGAGUAUCGGGAUCGGUUAUGCUUGUGACCGUCCUUUAUUGCCUCAUGGCCGCUUCAAUGUCCAUGCUCCUCCCCUAUGAUAAGAUUGAUCCGGAUGCACCGUUCAACGGGGCGUUCACCAAAGGAUCGCAUGGGUGGAGGUGGGUCUCAAAUGUGAUCGGUGCGGGCGCAAGCUUCGGAAUACUAACGUCGCUGUUGGUAGCCAUGCUGGGUCAGGCUCGAUACAUGUGUGUUAUCGGCCGUUCAGGUGUGGUCCCCAGGUGGUUUGCCAAGGUCCAUCCCAGCACGUCAACGCCGGUCAAUGCAUCACUCUUUCUCGGCGUUUUCACCGCAGUAAUCGCACUUUUCACCGACUUACAAAUCCUCCUAAACCUGGUAUCUAUCGGCACACUCUUCGUUUUCUACAUGGUAGCAAAUGCCGUGAUCUACAAACGCUAUGUGGCAGUAGGGACCACCAAUCCAUGGCCCACACUGUCCUACCUUCUAUCUUUUACCCUCACGGCGAUCUUGUUCACCCUUCUGUGGCACUUUGCUCGGGCGGGGAAGGCAAAGGCCUUCCUCCUCGGAGCUUGCAUUGUCAUCGCCAUCUCCAUUCUGCAGCUUUUCCAGUGGAUGGUCCCACAAGCAAACAAACCAGAGUUCUGGGGCGUCCCAUUGAUGCCAUGGAUUCCUUCCACUUCCAUCUUCCUCAAUAUAUUCCUGUUGGGUGCCCUUGACAGUCCUUCAUAUGUCCGGUUCGGAUUCUUUUCGGGUCUUGCGGUCAUUGUGUAUGUGAUGUAUAGCGUGCAUGCUAGCUUUGAUGCUGAGGAACAAAAAGGUCAAGAGAAUAUUGAGAUGAAGGAAUAUAAUGAAGCCCAGGGCAAUUCCUCCAAGGUGUAAAUAUGACUUGUAUUUAGUUUGGUUCAUGUAUUUAAUUGACUAGUUGUAAGAAUAGUAGAAGAGGAAGGUAACAAAAGAAUCUCCGAAUGUAACAAGUACUGCUCUUUUAAUUUUCUAUUGUCAACUUGUAUAGUCUGGUUCAAGAUUCCUAUGUAUAUGGAAUUGAUCAAAAAUGUAUGAGAAAUGCUUAGUGUACACAGCGUUUUACACGCUCGUGUACACGGCAUAUAUACCUCCUCCGUUUUUUACCUUUCUUGUUCCUCUUUUUACCCGUCUCUCAUCAAACCCCCAAUUCUCACUCUUUCUUCUCCCCUAACCUAACGCACAAAAUCCCCUCCCUCAUUUUCCUCUCGCCUCUUGGCCUGUCAGAUUUCUUCUCUUCUUCCUUUCUUGAUUUAUUGAUAAUGAAAUAAAAGGGACAUAGACAUAUGAAACAAAGGUAGAUACCAACACGAUGCUGAGUGACCUUCGUUAACAUUUUUGGGGGUGCACCAACUCCAUCGUCAAAUUAAAAGAACUCCACCAAAAAACAGGUUCUGGUUGCUAAAUCUUGUGCCCCUGUUUUUGGUGAAUAAUCUGCCCAGGCAGCCUCCAGUCCCCCUUGCCUCCAGAACCGACAAGCAUGGAGGAAUGCCCCGACGGUUUCGUGCAGGUCCAAAACAGGAAAUAAAAGGGCAGUGCCUAUAAAUCAAUUCGAGAGGAUCCUCAACUAUACUAUGAGGUGGGAUACGCUUCCCACCCCAUGGUCACAAGAAGUCACUCCAAGAAACCUAGAGAUGAAACCGACUACUCCCUAUACCCGGUAGACGCAGAUUCGACUCCAAGAAAUUUCAAUAGCUAAUGUAUCUUUAUUUUAUAUGUACCUUUUCAUUCAACCAUGUAUCUUUAAAACUCUUGUAAAAUAAAGAAGUGUUCCUCGGCACUUCCCCCGCCUAGAGUGGUUUGCUCCGGGAUCCAAAUAAAAUGGAUGUGUAGAAAAUGUUGUAAUACAGAGUACUAUUUCUU